GGAUUCUUUAUAUCCUCAAAUUAAGUAACAGUGCUGAAGAAUGUCACAUAAAAAGAAUGCAUUAUGUGGAUCCUGAGCGUGUAAAGUAAAUUCUUGCUGCAACAGGACAGGGGAGUGUUUCCCCAUAUCUGAUUCUGGGCAAAAUGCAAGUGUGGCCUUGUUUACAGAUAAAGCAAGAAGAAUUUCAAGUAAAUUAAUGUGGGCUGAUGGGAAGGAAAAAAAAAAAUCUCCACUGCUUUGGAGCAUGAAAAACAAUGCUAGACCUAGACUGUACCACUUUGAGUGGUGCCGCCCAACGAAGUUCUGGCCACAGGUACAUGUACCUCUCAAUCUUAAAGGGUGCGAAGGUAGAUUGCAGUGGCACCCGAAGGCGAGGGAAAUUGGAUGUGAACCCAGUUAUGUGCAAAGCCUGUGUUUCUUAUUUAUUGGGAGUAAGCCUUUGUGUACAGAAGUCAUGAAGCUGUUAAGUUGCAUAACCAGAGAGCACAGAAAUAUGCUCACCAAGUAUUGCAAGGGGAAUGUCGACCCCAUUUUGUGAAAAAGGAGAUGGAACGAUUAUUUGCUGAGAAAUAUGGCACAGACUCAUCCCCUUUUGUGAAAGAAAAUAUGGAAAUGAAUGAAGAUAUAUAUAAAUAUGAUCCUCCAUUUGGAUUUCGCAAGUUCUCCAAUAAACUGCAAAACCUUUUAAAACUUUUGCCUGAGUACGAUUUGCCCGAAAACUUGAAAUCGAAACGUUGUAAACAUUGUGUUGUCAUGGGCAAUGGUGGAAUACUGAAUGGACUUGGACUGGGGCACAUAUUCAAUCAGUUUGAUAUCGUGAUAAGGUUAAACAGUGCACCAGUUCAGGGAUAUACAGAUCACGUUGGGAAUAAAACUACGAUAAGGAUGACUUAUCCAGAAGGAGCUCCAUUGUCUGACCUCGAGUAUUAUUCUAAUGAUUUGUUUGUUGCGGUUUUAUUUAAGAGUGUUGACUUCAACUGGCUUGAAGCAAUGAUAAAAAAUGAAACAGUGCCAUUUUGGGUACGCCUGUUCUUUUGGAAGCGUGUCGUUGAGAAAAUACCACUCCAAUCAAAACAGUUUAGGAUUCUGAAUCCAGUCAUCAUUAAAAACACUGCCAUCGACAUGCUGCAGUACUCAGAGCCUCAGCCAAGAAUCUGGGGCUGGAGUCAGAAUGUACCCACCAUGGGCAUCGUUGCUGUUGUCCUGGCCACCCAUCUGUGUGAUGAAGUCAGUUUGGCAGGGUUUGGAUAUGACCUCAACCAGCCCGAAACCCCGUUACACUACUUCGACAACCUCUGCAUGGCAGCAAUGAAUAAACAAACAAUGCACAACCUGACAACAGAAACCAGAUUUCUGCAAAAGCUCGUGAAAGAAGGAACUGUGAAAGACCUGAGCGGAGGAAUACAUUGCGAAUUUUAAAGAAGAUGACAAAAAGGAAUCUCGCAGUGUAACCUGAGAGGGCAGCUUUCAGUGGGACUCCGCAAACAGCUCUUCUCCACCUCCAGUCAGACGUGGCUCUUCAUGAAUUUGUGCAGCUGAAAAGCUACGUUGCCUAAUAUCCAGCCUUGUGGAAAUAAGCCUGUCUACAUACAGCCAGGCCUGCAGAUCCCAGGUCUGUGCUCACAUCCUUCCCAACUGGGUAGAACCUGACAGAGUUUGUGUUUCCUUAGCACAGAAACCCAAGCUUAUCUUCAUACCACUGCCAGGCAAAGAAGUAGAGUUGUAGCAAAAGAAAUGGCUUUCUAAUUUGAGUCAAUAUUUAUUUGUUCACUUUGGUAAUAAUACGGCAAAUAACCAGAAAGUAAGUGGUAAAGUGGAAUUUCUUGAUUUUCCAGUUAAAAAAUGCUGUAAUUAAGGUUUGCAUUUUUAAAGAUGUUAUGUUAAGAGAAUAGCAUCUAAGAAGGCAUUCUUAAAUCAUUUUCUACCCAGAGAAAAUGUAAAGUGUUGCUUUUAUGUGUUAGGAUGAGGUCUGAGACCUGCCAAACACAGUGGUUUUUAUCCAUUGUACUCUGGGAUGAGAAUGAAGCUAAUCUGUUUUUCAGAAAGUAGGCUAUUGAACAAAUUGUAUAUUCAGCCAUGUCACCUUGUAGCACAGUAGUAUGAAAUCUGGUUGUUUGCUAACAAUUGGGAACUAACUUUUAAAACUGCAAUCUAUUUCUACUCUAUUGACAAUCUGUCUAUCUAUCUAUCUAUCUGUCUCUAUAUAUAUAUAUAUCUGUCUAUCUAUGUAUCUGUCUGUCUGUCUAUCUAUCUAUCUAUCUAUCUGUCUGUCUAAUAUUUCCUCAUUCAGGAGAAAACUAGUUCCAGGGAAAAUUUAAAAUGCUGAGUAAGCCCUGGAGGAAAGGAUCAACCUUAACUGCCAGACAGUGUUAUUAACUUCUACAGUGGUAUGGAAGAAGGUGCUGAGGGAGUCACCCAAGGACAACCCAGCUACUCACAGUAAAUAAAUGAAUGGUCAAUCCUAGCAGGGCCCUUGGAGAUUUACUUGAGUUUAGUUGUGUUUUUUUAAAUUACCAUUGAACCUAAAUGAACAACAUAGAUCUGAACUUCCUUGAGGGGGUGUAUCUUGUACAUUAUGGAUACUCAGCAAACACUUGUUCAGGUUUGAUUAUCAGCUAAAAAACUGUAGUUGAACCUUGAUUAAAAUGGUACAUAUCAUUACUAACCAAUUGUGUUGAACAUUACUCACCCACUUGUAGGGUAAGGAUGGAGUGUGGGUCAGAGAAAGCAAUAAAUAAUGAAGCUAUCUCCCCCUUAAGUUGGGAAAUCAUAAUGACUUUUUAAAGGGGGAAAAAAAAUAACUGAGCAGGUUUUGUAAUGACCGAAUAAGGACACAGGCAUCCUGUGAUGAAAACUUGUAAAUUAUAUGUGGAGUUGAUAUUUACCCUACCUCUUGAAAGAGUUACAAAAGUAAAAAUUUGAAUGGAAACAUGUGCAUUGGCAUUCAGACUGUUAACUGGAAGAUUUUUUUUGUACCUGAAAUUAGAUUUUUGCUUCAAAGGUAGUUAUGGUAUUGUACAGUAUUUGAAAACUAAGCUAACAUACCCUUUUGUGGUCUAGUCAUUUCUUGUCUGUUCAUUUUCACCAUCCUCUCUUAGUUAUCGAAGGCCCAAAAUAAGGGACAAUCUACUGGAGGCACCUCUCCUUUGUCAGGACAAAUGCAGUCAUUUAGAAAGUAGUUGGGGAAAAGAAAGUGCCCUUGGGGUUUUUUUUAAACUGUGUAUAAUCCUGCCAAAUGGCUCAACUUGGUUUUUUAGUGUACCUCCUGUAUAAUUCUAUCUACCUCACAGAAAUGUUCAGAAAAUAGGGUACUAUUGUUAAUGUGCUUUGAGAUCCUCCAGUGGAAGAUCUUAGAAAGGGCUGGUUCCAGCCGUCAUUGAAAACAGCACACGAAGCAGCCUGAACAGUGUGACUAAUUUUAAUGAUGUUUUAAAGAAAUGUGAAAAGUCACUCUCAUUGGCUUUUAAAAUGAAGAACAUGAAAAACAAAAUUGUAACAAGUACAACGAACUUAUUUUAGUCUAAAGUAUGGUCAGGUUAAGAGACCAGGAAACACACACGCACAUCUGCAGACCAAGAGAUGAAAGAGACAUGAGCUGCACCAAGGAACUUUUGUGCUGAACCUACUUCCAUCACAUUGUACAGUUCGUUUUGAUCAUAUGCAAUGGUCCAUUGUCACCGUCUUCCUCACCCUUUAAAAGCUGAUGGAAUCGCCAGCAACUAAUACAACCUUUUCUGUACCAAGAAUUACUUUUUUCCUUUUGUUUGUAAAGUUUAUUUUUUAAAUAAAGGUUGACUUUCCAGUGGAACUUUA